CCGCAAGGCUCGAAGGACCCUUAUCUCCUGGGAAUUUGCACACACACUCUACUUGGGGGCUUUGAAAAAUAAAAAUAAAAAAUCAAGACCGAGUUGGAUCCGAACCCGUGACCUUCCGAGCUGCUAUAAAAUAUUCUUGCCGUCGCAAAUAUGCUAACGUUGUGCGCGGACGGAUCCUGCCGUCUAGUUACAGUGAUGGUGCUCGCUCUUUCUUUCUCGGGCUGCGCCGACGCCGCGGAGAACUCCGCUUCUAUCUCCAACGCCAUCAUUAAGAGCUCGGCGGCGGCCGGAUUUCCAGUCACCCCGGCGCCGUCGGCGUACGACGGAAGUAACACGCACCACCCAGUCGAUCCGCACCAGGUAUGUGUUUGGGGUGUGUGUCUCCUUUUCUGCGCGCGAGAGGGAGAGGGAGAGGCGGGGUGGGGUGGGGGUCACCGUCUACCCACGGGGCUCCUGGGAGCCUUCUCCUUUCCGCUGGCGCUUCCUCACUUGGAUUUUCCUCGCCUGCAGGGCUAUCCGUGCAUCGGGGACGACGACUGCAGAGCGGGAGAGUAUUGCGCCACCCCUGCCCUGCCGGGCUACCCGGCGGCACAGAUCUGCCUUGCCUGCCGCAGGCGCCGCAAGCGCUGCCAUCGCGACUCCAUGUGCUGUCCGGGCACUUAUUGCAGUAACGGUGAGUGUUGCUUGGCUUUGGUUGUUUGCCUGAGGCUGGACCUGCCGGGUGUCGAUAAGACCGGCAUAAAGUGGGGGGGGGGGGGCAAGGUGCUCUACUGCUGGAGGCAGAAAGCGCCCUUCCUCGAAUGAUAGCGAAAUAAAAUGACGUGGGUGUUUAAAGAGCACACUCCCAAAACCUGCCCAUCUGGCUGCGGGUGAAGUAAUGGAAAGUCUAUUGGCUUUUUGGCCAGCAUCCUACCUGUCAAUGGAGUUGGGGGAGAAGCUUGGCUGGCAAUGUGCAAUUGCUAGAGCACUUACCUAGGAGUAAGCACCGUUGACUAUAGGGAGACUGACUUCUAAACUAAAUGCAGGAUGUGCUUACUUAUGGUGAAUGUUUGGGUUUAAUCUUGCCAGAGAGCCUUGGGAUGCUCACUCAAAAGCUGAUGGUAUAGUGAGGGACUAUUACUUACGCAGGCCGACUGCUAGGAUUUCAGAACUGAUGAUAAAACACAGUAAUAAAUGACAUUGCAUUAGCUAGAGUCACUAUUGCUACAUCUAGGCUGACAUUGUCUACCCUGAAUGGUAGCGGCUGGAGAAGAGGGCUUUUCCAUCAUCAGCUACCUAAUCUUCUUAAAUGGAGAUGUGGGAGAUUGAACCAGAGACCUUCUGCAUGCCUGACAUGUGUUCUGAGUUAUGAUCCCUCCCUGAAGUUGGCUCCAGAAUAGAUUGUGCUGUCUCAGGCUAAGUGUUUGAAGAAUACAGAGGAGCAAGCCCAUUCCAGUGCUUAGGCUUCUUUUCGUUCCUGGUGGUGUUUCAAGUUUUCAGUAACACCUGAAGGAAGACCCCAGUUGUAGGAGAAAGAACUAGGUAAAUUACCCAAAUCAGCUGGGUUACUGGGCACUAGCACUGAGGUCCUGAACAGGUUAUAGGCUUCAGGGAUAAGAGGCAUGCAACUUAGUAUUAGUAUUUCACUGUGUAAAUGUGUUUUAUAAAUGGAGCACCAAGAUUUUCUCCAGCAUCUGAGGGAGUUUACCCAGGAACAACAAAGCAGAUGAUUGAAAUGGUUUUCCAUAGCUAUCAGCCUGUUUUCGCUGAGUUUUGGUUUUUGUUUCUUUUUAUUAGGGAUCUGUGUACCAGUGGAAUAUGAUAAGUUCCAUCCUGGGGAGAUUGAGGAGACUAUCAUAGAGAAUUCAGACCAUGGCACUUUGGACCUUCACCCCAAAAGGACCACAAUUUCAUCCCACUUUCACUAUGCAAAAGGUAAGGGUGUUAGCAGCUAUACAGGCUGGGGUGGGGUGGGAAAGAAGGCAAAUAUGGCACUGCUGAAAAACCUUUAAGGUUUUUCAAAGUCUUGGAACAAUUGUAGAUCUUGACUGAUAAUGGAUGCGUUGGGAGUGAUUGUCCCACUGCAUGCUGCAAACUCAUGUGUUGUAGAGACUGCUGUUUUGACCACUGCAGUGGUGCUUUAAAAAUUUGAUAGCUUUAUGCCAGUCCCUAUAUAGGCAUUUCAUCCCUUCCAGGGUUCUCUUAAAAUUGAUGCCUUCCGCUGUGAAGGCUUCCUUUCAAAACCUCAAAUGGUGACAUUCUCAAUAACUAUGUACACAUUUCUAGCACUUGGGUGGCCAAUAUUUUGAGCAUGUUUUCCCCACAAAGUUUUCCUUGCAACGGAUGGUACUUCUAUAGUGGGACACACAUGUCAACAACUGUUAGCAGCAACCCAAAGACAUGCUCUCAGAACUGGGCAACAUCCUUUGUCAACACAUGGCUUGUUCGGUUCAAUGGCUUGCAAAUUCCUGUUUACGGGGAACACUUUUACACAAUGGAUCUGCUAAGGAACUCUUAAUAUUGUCAAAUUGUGUUAGAAGGUUCUAUGGCACAUACUCAGCUUGUGUGGCACUGGCCUUUGGCCUUCCUAUGCUCCUGCAUAAACACACAUAUAUACCUGUGGUAUGUGCAAAGCAUGUGUGAGUUAUGGUGAAAUUUUCAGGGAAGCACUUUGAAAACCGUUGGUUCAGUGUCUUAUCGCUUUCACUGCAGUUGCUUAAGGAGAAAACAGGACUAGGGAUAAACAAGUAUCGCUCUGUUCUCAAUUACCCUUUCCUUUAUUUCCUCAGGUGAAGAAGGUGACUCAUGCCUCCGCUCCUCAGAUUGUAUGGAAGGACUGUGCUGUGCCCGUCAUUUCUGGUCCAAGAUUUGCAAACCGGUUCUUAAGGAAGGCCAAGUGUGCACAAAACACCGCAAGAAAGGUGCUCAUGGUUUGGAGAUCUUCCAGAGAUGCAGCUGUGGGGAUGGAUUGACUUGUCGGAUACAAAGAGACCACACAAUCAGCAACUCACCCAGACUACAUACUUGCCAGAGGCAUUAACUGAUGCAUUUUUAUUACUAAACCUGAUGGACUUAAAGAGACUGAGGUGUGGGAUACUCUUGUUCCGGGAAAAUCACCUCCAAGGACUGACAUGUUUUAGAGUUUACACUAAAGUACUCCAGCAUCUUGCCCCCUCAAAACUGGAGGAUGAAGCAUGUUUCUUUAGGGAACUAUUUUUAAAAGUGACUAAUUACAGUAAAUUACUGUGUCUGUAAAUUCUUGGGUGUGGCACUUAACUGUACAUGAUGGGAGAUUUUAAUUUUUCCUGAAGUGCUGCAUGAUCUUGUCUAUUGUGACAUGUGUUGUACACACUGGUUUUAUUUUAUUGAGCC